GGGCUGAGAGCCGACGGUGACCGCGGGCCGGCCGCAGGGGCCGGUGCGCCCGCGAUGGCGCUCCCAGCCCUGGACAGCUGUACCUGCGCGCGCUCACCUGGUGCUCGGGGGCCGCGGCCUGGCCGGCCCUAAGAUUCUCUCCACCAUGGCCAGACGCCCCCGGAGCAGCAGGGCAUGGCAUUUCGUCCUGAGUGCGGCCCGCCGAGACGCGGACGCCCGAGCAGUGGCUCUGGCAGGCAACACUAACUGGGGCUACGACUCCGAUGGGCAGCACAGUGACUCGGAUUCCGACCCCGAGAGCUCGCCCCUGCCGCCGUCCAUCCCCAGUGCGGUGCCUGUGACUGGGGAGUCCUUCUGUGACUGUGCCGGCCAGAGCGAGGCCACCUCCUGCAGCAGCCUGCACACGGCCCACCGGGGCAAGGACUGCCGCUGCGGGGAGGAGGACGAGUACUUUGACUGGGUCUGGGAUGACCUGAACAAGUCCUCGGCCACCCUGCUGAGCUGUGACAACCGCAAGGUCAGCUUCCACAUGGAGUACAGCUGCGGCACCGCAGCCAUCCGGGGCACCAAGGAGCUGGGGGAGGGCCAGCACUUCUGGGAGAUCAAGAUGACCUCGCCCGUCUAUGGCACCGACAUGGUGAGUGGCCGCCGGCCCGGGGGUGUUUCUGGAGGGCCGGCCCCGGAGGCCCUGCUGCCCAGCCCCUUGCUCCUAGAUGGUAGGCAUCGGGACUUCGGACGUGGACCUGGACAAGUACCACCACACGUUCUGCAGCCUGCUUGGCAGGGACGAGGACAGCUGGGGCCUCUCCUACACGGGUGCGUGCAGCUCAGGGUGGGGCAGGGCGGGGCUGGGCGGGGCAGGGGCCAGGCUUCUGGGAUCACCCCACCCCGGCUGCCCCCAGGGCUCCUUCAUCACAAGGGAGACAAGACCAGCUUCUCCUCGAGGUUUGGCCAGGGCUCCAUCAUCGGCGUGCACCUGGACACCUGGCACGGGACGCUGACCUUCUUCAAGAACAGGAAGUGCAUAGGAGUGGCAGCCACCAAGCUGCAGAACAAGAAGUUCUACCCGAUGGUGUGCUCCACGGCGGCCAAGAGCAGCAUGAAGGUGAUCCGCUCCUGCGCCAGCGUCACCUCCCUGCAGUACCUGUGUUGUUACCGGCUGCGGCAGCUGCGGCCAGACUCGGGGGACACACUCGAGGGCCUGCCCCUGCCGCCUGGUCUCAAGCAGAUGCUGCACAACAAGCUGGGCUGGGUGCUGAGCAUGAACUGCAGCCGCCGCAAGGCCCCGGCAGCCCCGCCCAAGGCGGCUGCGGCCAGUCCCGGCGGCCCCGAGACCCGGCCCUGCCAGAGGAAGCGCUGCCGACGGACCUGACUUAGUUUCCAAUGAAAACUGCCUUCUUGGGCCGGGACAGCUGUCUUCUCUGUCCCUCCCUUCCGGCCACACUCCAGGGCAGCAGGAGAGGGAGGAGUGGGGUGAGGUGUCUGGAGCCAUCUCCCUGCCACCCGAGGCCAGGACAGUCCCUCCUAUAGGGGCUCCAGGGCCACAGGCCGUUGGGUGUCCAAGUCCACUUGGCUGCCUGUGCCGGCUGGGGAAGCAGCCGCCAGAGCUCGAGUCCCCCAGGGGGCUGCCGUCCGCUGCCAACGAGGAGGGCCUUGCUGGAGCUCAGCUGUUCCUGCUCCUGCGGCCUUGGUUUUCAUAACUCGCUUUGCAUGUGAUCGACUGCUGUUCCUGUCGCACAGACUUACGUGACUGUAAUAAACAGAGUCUGCCUGUAA